CUAAAGUUGUAAAGAAUUACUGUAUUAUUUUAUAUUGCUCAAUGAAGAACCAAAUCUCCACACCAUUCUAUUUCUCUUUCAUUUUGGUUCUGAUUGUUGCAGUACAAUGGACACAGGUAGAAGGUGAAUGCACAAAUAUCGUGGGUCCUUGUGAACGUUGUUCUUUUGUGUGUGACGCUUUUGCAGCAGGAUCUAAGGUUUUAGGACAUGAUUGUAGCUUCAACAAUUUAUGCACUUGUACAUUCGAAGAGCCAGCAAAAGGAGAACCUAAGUGUGAUAUUGGUCUUGGACUUUGCACAAGUGAUUGUGGAAAUGAUUGUUGCAACAAAAAGUGCACUAGCAAAUAUCCUAGCACAGGCAGUGGAAGCUGUGUCAACAAAUACGGUGUCAACUAUUGUUCUUGUACCUAUAAACGUUGAGUUUGUUUUUAUUUGAUCUAGAUAUCCCAAUAAAAGAGUGUACUCCUUUCUUCUCAUUAAAAAUACACGUUAAUGAAAAUGAUUUGAUAUGCUGUAGAAAAGAUAUUUAACAUUAAAAUGCCUAUCAAAGCAA